AUGACGCUGCCGUCGCCGCGACUAGAUGGCAUCGCGAACGGCACCCCGCGUCGCGCCAGCCUGGACAGAACCAACCGUCAGAUCGUGUAUCCGACGGCGGAGGAGCGCUUGGACGAGCUGCGGAAACGGAUGGGGAAGGCGGACGGGGAUCCGUUGAAGGUCGUUGGGGUUGGCGCCGGCGCGUGGGGCUGCGUCUUCACGGCAAUGAUCCAGGAAAAGUACGGCCAAUUCAAGGACAAGAUUGAUGUGCGAAUCUGGCGACGUGGCGGGCGAGCUUUGGACAAGGCGUUCGCACAGAAGUUGUUCAACGUGAUCAACGACAGGGAGGACAUCCUCCGCCGCUUGAUACGCAACUGCGCUUAUCUCAAAUACGUGGAGGGGCGGCUGGGGGAUAGAGUACUACUAGCUGAUGAGAUCCUGAGGGACGGUUUCUGUGUCAACCUAGCCGACACGCCCCUGUGCCCUCUCAACACAGUAACCAAUCUGCAAGAAGCUGUGUGGGAUGCUGACGUCAUCAUCAACGGCCUACCGUCCACCGAGACCAGAUCCGUUUUCCGCCAGAUCGGGCUGUUCUGGCGGGAGAGACGGCGGCCGCCAGCUGUCAUCGUGUCAUUGGCCAAGGGCGUGGAGGCUGCUAUGGAGCCUGAGCCGCAUAUCGUGACACCGACGCUCAUGAUUCACCAAGAGACCGGCGUCCCUAUGGAGAACAUACUGUACCUCGGAGGCCCUAAUAUCGCAGCCGAGAUUUACAAUAAAGAGUACGCCAACGCGCGCCUGUGUGGCGCCGCCACGUGGCGCGUUCCCAUGGCAGCAUUCCUCCGCCAGCGCAACUUCGCAGUAUGGGACAACAGCGACCUAGUCACCCACGAGGUUAUGGGUGGUCUCAAGAAUGUCUACGCGAUCGGAGCGGGGAUUGUAGCCGGGUCGACUCGGGACAGCGCGACGUCUAAAUCGGUGUAUUUCGCGCAUAGCACGAGCGAAAUGAUCUUCGUUACACACUUGCUAACAAAAGAGCCAGAGCGGCUCGCCGGGCCGCUAUUGGCGGACACGUAUGUGACUCUAUUGAAGGGGCGGAACGCGUGGUAUGGGCAGCAGCUUGCGGAGGGAAAGCUGACGGCUGAGAUGGGCGAUAUGGUGGAAGGCAAGGGGCUGAUUCAGGGGGUGUCAGCAGUGGCAGCGUUUUACACGGUGCUGAGUGAACCAGCUUACAAGGUGCCUCACCCAGUAACCAACGACCUUGUGGCGCCCAUCGAGCUCUGCCCCAUCCUGCAGACGCUCUACCACAUCCUGCACGUGCGUGACCUACCAUGUGAAGCCAUCCUGGACACGCUAAGGGACGAGAACAUGUACGACCCGGCACAGCGCAUAGCUUCUGCUCCGGAGCGGUUCUAUGUGUCCAAGCUGCUGGAUCAGCACCCCAGCAGCAACGACUUGAGUGACGCUGCUCCCGAUGCGGUGAAUGCACUAAGAUUGUGA